AACAAACUUUUGUUGCGUGGUGUCAACGGCACAAUUUGUUCUAGUUCAGACUAAAAAAAAGAACCGAAAUGUCGGCGGACGGUAGCGAAGCCUGGCCAACGCCGAGCUUCGACAGCCAAGAGACACCGGCAGCAGGCGACGCGGACUCUCGGGGAUCGAACGGGAACACGACGUCGUCGGGAGCCGGUACCUUUCUGCAGCCGCACGCACCCAAGCUAAGCCUAACGACGACCUCAUCCGCGGUCUCAGAAUCGACGGCCCCGCCGCUACCGGAGAAGCUCUCCGACGCCGGUGGCGCCGACGCUGGACGACCAGGGGCCACCGCCGACGGCGUCGCCGUCUUCGAAGAGGACACGCGGAGCUCGUGGAACCUGGAGCCUCCGUCGGGGGCUGCGACGCCGGCGGGCGCGACGGCGCCCAAAGAAGACGAAGAGGCUGCCAUGGAGGAGCGCGAGCCGUCGUCGUCUUGCGGCGCAGGUGAAGGCGGCGGCGAAGAAGCGCCGUCUGCCAAGUCGGCCGAGGCGUCGGACUCGAGCGGCGAGAACCGGGAGCGCACGCCGGUUGUGAGCUUCGCGCCGACCGUGGUGGACUGCGACUCGCAGAACAGUGGCAGCAGCGUCAAGAGCGGCGGCCGCAAGCGCUUCUCGGACGACGAGGUGACCUCCGAGGCCCCCACCACCAUCACGGCCGACAAGCUCUUCGAAUACCACUGGCCGCAAGACUGCGGAGACGCCUACAUGCUCCAGGAGCAGGUGUGCGAGUUCUUAAACGUGAAGUCGUUCAAGAGAAAACAUCCAGACCUCGUCCGACGGCAGGUCGAAUUUGACGAAAAGGAGUUUCUCAAGGAGCACGGCGUGGUGACGAUGACCAUGUGUGACCUCGGACUGACCGCCCUUCGUGCCGACGACGUAGUCGACCUGUUUAUGCGCGACUACCCCGAAAAGUAUCAGGAGUACGUCAACUACAUCCGGGAGCGCGACAAGCAGAACACUGUAGAGAAGCACCGCGGUUACUCCGCCGUGUCGAUCGAAAAGUGCAAGAUGGCCGACUUCGUCCGCAAGGCAGUCGCCUCCACGGCCGAGUACAACAAGCACCUCAACGAGGAACGCCGCGAAGAGCGGCGCUCCUGCUUUGACCUCCAGACGUUCACGAUCCAGUAUCCGUUGAAAAAGAUACAGAAGGUUGAAGUGAUGCCAGCCAAUCGGCGCCGGUACCCCGUCGCAUUGAUACCGGGGCAGUACCAAGACCACUACCGGGUUUACACUCCACAGGAGCUCAAGUAUUUGCCAAUAAACACGGUUCUCUACGGACCACCCCAGGAGAUCGGCUCCGUCUACACGCACCCGGGUUCGGACGGAAGCCAAUCCGAAUCCGAAGAUAGCUCGGGGUCGGAUUCAGGCUCUUGCAGCAGUUCGAGUGGUGGCAGUUCGCCUGCGUCUGACAUGGACAUGAGCACCGCAACGGGACCCAGCUUCUGCAAGGUCUGCGCCAACGCCGACGUGUCGAAAGAGGGCGAGGAGCUCAUAUCGUGCUCCGAGUGCGGGAAGGUGGGUCAUGUGACAUGCCUCGACAUCUUGCCGGAGAUGGCGGCGGCCAUCAAGUCGUACCGGUGGCAGUGCAUGGACUGCAAGAUGUGCAACGUGUGCAUGGCGACUGACAACGAGGACAAGAUGAUGUUUUGUGACCGGUGCGACCGGGGUUACCACAGCUUCUGCGUGGGCAUGAAGUCCGUGCCCGCGGGCCGGUGGAUCUGUCGACUGUGCGGUCGGUGCGCGACGUGCAACACCAACACGCCGGGCCCGGAGGGGCCCAGGGUUCAGUGGCACCACGAGUACGGGAAGGGUCCCAGUCCUGUGGACCAUAAGCGGAGUGUGACCAUCUAUUGCCAGAGCUGCUACCGACAACGAAAAGGCCGGUGACGAAGACUGUGGUGUUACAGGACUGUUGUUGUUCGCGUUGUAAUAUAGUGAAUAAAUGAGCCUGGACUCGGUUUUUAUUCGUAAGUAAA